AAUGAGAGAUACUCACAUCUCUCCCCGCCAUCUUCGAUUCGGGCGAUGUCACUUGACCAAGCCUCUUUUUGGAAAUUGGAAACGUAUGACGUUAUGCAACAUAAAAUUUCCCAGUGCAGUUCACAUUGAAAAUAAUUCUUUGCGAUGAUUUUCAAGCUGCUGGUGAAUUUUAAGCCUGGUGAUACAUGAGAAACGAUUUUUUAUAUUAGUAGGUAAACAUUCAAUGAGAGAAGACUUAUUAAUAAAUAUUUCGUUUCCAAAUUACAGGUUGUGGUUUUGUACUUUAUUCAACCCAUUUUCCUGUGGAGUUAAAGUGAAAACAAGAACGAUAAGCUCGAUAGCAACAUAUGAAUUAGCUCAACUGAUGCUGUUAUAGAACUUCAAGGUUUGCGUGUAAACGUCGAUCGAUCUACCAUGCGGAAAGUCUUACUUUCUGUUUUUGGCCUUCUCAUCAACAUGGUCUGCGUUUCUAGCAGCAGUCAUGUUUACGACUCCAUUUUCUGGAAUCCUCAGAAUCCUUUGUAAGUAAUGAUUUGUAGUGUGUGUUCAAGUAAAUAUUCUGCGACGAUUUAUACUGUCUGUCUCAUUUAUUAUAAACCCGACGUGAGUAUUGCCCAAGCUCUAAUUCAUAGGUUUCCUCCAGAACAGAACUAAUUCUCAACUCUGUAUUAAAGCAUGUUUACUUUGAUCUUCAACCAUUUCAAUUUUUCUCAAACGGAAAGUUCAUUCCGUGCUCUUGACUUUAUCAAGUUUAUUGAUUCCAUAUUCCUACAAAAGUGGCUUUUAUCAAGCUAAAUAAAAGGAUAUUAGAUAUUCGACAUUUACAAAAGUAGGAGUAACUGACAAGAAUAAUCCAUGUCUAAACCCGUUCACCUUGGGGCAAGCUAAAGCUUACAAAAUUGUUUAAAAAUCUGUCAUGAAGUGAUGUCUCAAACUUUAACAGAGAAGGGCGUGCACCCAAAAUUAAUAGAGAUCCUGCGGUAUUUUAUUAACCUCAAUCCCCCGGCUUUAAUAGAUUUUUGCCAAUCAAACUGUAGGUUAAGUGAAAUUUAACCUGAAAUCAAAUCUGACCUGUAACAUAACUGCUGCUGCGACUAAUAUGCAGAUAUUUUGAGAUGUGCGGUUAUGAUCUUGUGAAGAAUCCAGUCUGAGUACAAAAAAAAACUCUAACUUGUCAAAUAAUACAGCUAUAAACAGGUUUUGCCUUAAAAGCCUACAUUAUUUAACAGGAGCUGAAACAGAGCUAGAGCUUGUCCUUAGUAGUCUACUAUGUUGAAACUUAACCGUUUUGGUGGAUAGGUAAGGAUGGUUUAGGGAUAGUCUAUGACGUCACCCAUUGUUAUAACCUAGAGAAAAAGUGCCUUCCUCCACACUAAUUAAGUGCCUUCCUACAUAUACUGUAGAAUGAAGUGGAUAGGUUUACUAAUGAGCGUCUCUCUACUACAAUAGGCACAAUAGGCUUGUUCUGGCUUGUCCGUUAAGUAGCUUGAGCCCAGAUUUCAGACCGUCUAUUAAAAGGAAAAUAGGAAUAAAAGAAGCGAUCUCCUAGCAACGCAAGAAACGGCUUCCUAUAUCUUAUUUAGCGCUAAAACUAAGAUAUAUAAACAAAACACAUACAGAAAGUGAUUUUGAACAGUCUUUAUUUCAAUUUAGUUUACGUCGUCUUAUUUAGCGCUAAAACUCGGAUAUAUAAACAAAACACACGCACAUAUACACAAAGUGGAGCUGAAAACUCUCUAUUUCAAUUUUGUCUGACUAUUACAGAACCGUUAUCUCCUUUCUAUCUCGAGUCUCAGCGUUUCACGCGCCGUUAGUCAGGUAAUUAUGCGAGUCCACAAGCCCACCGUUGCAUACAAACUAGCUCUGCAGUAAAAAACCCAAGGGAGCAUCUUGACGUAUUAUUAUAAAAGCACACCCCUAAAAAGCAAUUAAUAACUUAACAAGGAUCAACUGAAACACGCGACUAAUAAUUGCUGGCAAUAAAACCAGACACGUUUCUUAAGACAAGAAAUCAACUUUAUGACCCUUAAUUAAAAUAAUUUCAAAAAGAUGUAAUUAAUAUAUUAAAGAUUCUAUUAAAAUAGUCAAAGAAGGCAAGCCAUCCUUUUACUUACCCCUCUCCCUUUUCGUUUUUAUUUCCCUCCUCCUCCUCCACAAUUUUAUUAUUUUCCCUCCUCAAUCUUGUUUUCUCUCCACCACCACCACCGCCACAUUUCUAUUGUUUUCCGAGUUUCCCUCCACCGCUACCACCACCGCCACAUACUGCAGCGAUACUGCGAUACCGUACCGUAUUGCAGAUUAUUAGUAAUACAUCUACAUGUUAACACAGAUUUUUCACUUCAAUAUUUUCAUAGAUUCAGAGACAAGAGCCAAAGUUGUAGCACAGGAUACAUGACUCUUAAAGUCCGACUGCAAUCUAAAGUCUUCUUCAUAUGUCCAAACACAGCCACUGUGUUAGAAAAAAGUUUAACAGCACCUCAAUCUGCAACCAUGUAUGAAAACCUUUGGAUUGCUUAUGACAGAAGUGUGUUUGACCAAUGUAAUACAUCAUUAAGCAAUACUAGCAAACUUUUAUUCAGUUGCAAUGAUCCAACAGCAUUGAAAUAUUUUCCUGUGGUAUUUGCCGAAUUUACAGCAGACCCAAAUUCGCUGAAGUUUAAAGAUGGAAAGAAGUAUUAUUUUAUUGGUAAGUGAUAGAAAGACAAUAUUACAGGACUGAGGGACCCAAAUUAUGGGCUGAAGUUUGUAGGGGGGAAGAAGUGUUAUUUUAGUGGUAAGUGAUGAAGAGUCUCAGUUACCUUAAGGUUUCCAUAGUGGUGACUCCCUGAGAGUUAAACGAACCAAGUUCUGUUUCUCUAUAUCACAUAAAAAAUUAACGUAUGAUCAGUGAUGUUGAGUUUUAUGUACUCAUCAGGUAAAAUUUUGAUGCCCAGUCCAACAUCAUUUGAGCCCCAGUCCAAACACCCAUGAUUUUACUGUAGUAUUUGUUUGAAAAUUCUUGUUAUUAUUAGUUACUUCUGGGCCUCGUUUAUAUAAGAUUGCUCUCUUGACUAACUUACUAACUAGGUUUUAUUACGCUACAUGUAUAUUACAUAAUAGGAUAUUCUUCAAAAUCAUCUCCAUGUUAAGUCAGCAAUUGUUUUAUAUGUUUCGUCAUUGUUUGUCUGUUGUAGGGACAUCUGAUGGCACACAGGCACACCUCAAUGACCUUAGUGGAGGUCACUGCAAUGACACAAAAAACGGAAUAUUUAUGAAAAGUGAAGUCUAUGUCUGCAAAAAAAGUAAUCUAACUUAUACAGGUAAUGUUCAAUUACUACAGUGUAAUUAAAAGAAGUGUUGAAGUACAGAGUACACAUACUGUACACGUACAUGCCAUGUUAACUACAUGUAAAAAGCUUUGAAGAAAAAACGUCAAGGUGAAGUUGAUGCCCCAGUAACUGCUUUUGAAGGUAGUUGAGCUGUUUUGUGGUCACAGUCUGGCUAUAGACUGCCAAAACGUCCCAUAAUGCCAUUUAAAGUUUGUGCACUUUGAGGCUUUUGUUACAGAUUUAAAAUAUCAUCCUCUGAAGGUUGGGCAUGCGUAGAAAACAAAAUUUUGGAAGAGCUUUUGUGUUUAAAAGUGACACAGCAGUCUCGACUUUUACCUUUUGCUUUCUCUCCUUCCCUCUUCUUUCCGCUUCUUUGCCCAGUUUCUUGUUAUUUGCUGGGCAUUAACUAGGCUUUCUCAUUCUGGUGGAACACUUCUAUGGAAAAGCUUUUAGGAUUAUAGGAUUUGGUGGAAGGAAGUGCGGGUGGGUAGUGGAACAAGAUUUUUGUUAGAGUUUUUGGGUCAAAUUUUCAUGGUGUUUGAACUUUUCUCCGGUUUUCUUGAUUGAAUUGUUCUCAUUCCGGCAUGGUCUGAAGGAUCUUUUUCUCCGUCGUGCACAAAAAAGGAGACAAAGUUGCCCUCGACCAUUAAGACUGAUGGUAUAAAAAGUGGUACAACCCUCGUUGGUCUGCACGGACGGUUGCAUGCGGUUGAGGGGCGAAUGGGUUAAGAAAGUUGUCCGGAGGGUCAUGAGUUUUUUUCCGAUGUUAGUAAUCUAUGUUAUUGAGAGUCAAGUAAAGGGACGAUAAAAAGGCAGGGACCAACUCUAGGUGUCUGUAUUUUAUUGAGGUGUCCAUCUUAAAAAGUGUCCGUUAAUUCUUUAAAACAACUUUUCCAGAUGAAGACUGUCCAGAAGAAGAUGUGGGCGUCCUGAAAUGUCGUGAUCCAACUCAAACAAAUCCAACAACAACAACUUCGCCACAGUCUACUCUGCAAAGGUGUGAUGACCACAUGGAGACAGGUAUGAAAAUCAGCAAGUGUUAUUAUAGCAGUUUGUUGAUUCUUAUUUUCACAGACUUUUUUACUUUUGUAUAAAUAACGAUCCCAGUCGCCGUGUGUGUUUUUGAGCAUUAUUUCCGUACAGUUCUAUAAAUUGGUGUCUAACAGUUUCUUGGUUGUUUAAAAGAACGUUUUCCUUUUGAAGCCCUCGUACAAGUUGCUUUUUUCAAUGUUUAAAAGCCUGGUGCAUCAACAACCAAAAUUUUCUUUGUACAUACAUGUAACACUUCCAUGUGAACUGCAUAAGUCUUCAUAAUUAUCAUAACUACUGCACAGGUUGUCGAAACGUAAGUCCCUGCCAACAACAACAGUCCUUUUCAGGACUACUGCACGUUCACCCGGACGAUCAUACUCAAUCUACUUAUGAAAUGAUUCCUGGGCUUAAACCUUCACAGUAUGUUAUAUCUUGCAGAUAUUUUCCAAAAAGCAGUCAACAUGCCUCAGAUGGCUUCUUGUUAUCUUAACGUAGUAAUUUACCUACUUUAUUUUUCGUCGUCGCCAGCCUUCUUAAAAUGUCCAACUAUUUUCUCAACCUUUGCACAACAAAAACAGCUAUGCUGGUGGCUUUGUUUGACGUCGUGCCUCCAAUAAUUUUUUUACUUAACGGACGAUCAUGGCGUUGGACUCGUGUUCGGACGGUCCCGGCUCCGAGUCCCGCUCUGGCCACCAGCUGGAUUUGUUCUCAGUUUUCCCGAGUUCAAAUGUUCGGCAGAUCUUCGGCCACGCGUAAUUUGUAAAUAGCCAACUGGUUUCACAAACAGCCAUUAUUUUGAAUGAAUAAUAUCAGGGAUGAUGACACCCACAAGUUUUACAGUUCUUAACUAUUCAAAAUUGUUUUCCACCAACAGAGUUAAAAUAUUGGAGGACUUGCGGAAUUGUCGCCCUGGUUUUGCUUUUUAUAUGUUUCCUGGUGAUUAUAGCUCUAAUCAUCCGUCCCGUCUCGUGCAGGUAGGUUCUUAUUCACGUUCAUCUUGUUUCAAAACUACAUUCUCAAACUCAUUAAUAAUUCAUAAAAAAAUACAAAAGAAAUAAAUUUUUAAUGAGCGUUUGGAAAUCAGAUGAAAAACUGGUCAUUUUUGCAUCCUUAAUUUCUCCUUCUAAAAUCAUUUUGUUUGAGAAUAUCAUAAUAUCAAGCAUUCGACAAAGUAAAUCAUCACCUAAUGAACAAUAUCAUCUGUCACCUGAAGAGUCAAUUUGGUCGGAAUGGGAUACCUAAUGAGCUUAUCAGUGAUAAUGGGCCUCAAUAUGCAAGUUCCGCAUUUAAUGAUUUCACCAAGAGCUAUGGUUUUGUCCAUACCACAUCAAGUCCUCACUUCCCUCAAGCAAAUGGUGAAGCUGAAAGGGCAGUUCAGACCAUCAAGAAUCUCCUCAAGAAAGCACAAGAUCCUCACAAGGCAUUGCUGAACUAUAGAAACACUCCUUUGGAUAGUAUAAACCUUUCACCUGCUCAGCUGCUCAUGGGUCGAAGAUUGAAAUCUCCCCUACCAACAAAGGUUGAAUUGCUUAAACCCCAAAGAUCACAAGAAAUUCAGCAGCACUUUCAAAAAAGAAAGAAGAGAGUGAAGUUCUAUUAUGACCAACAGAGUGAGAAAGAGUUACCCCCCCUUAACUCCAGGUGACAAGGUGUCUAUGCAUCAUGAGAAUGAAUGGAUCCAAGCUAUAGUCGUAAACAAGCAUCACACACCAAGGUCGUACAUCGUUCAGACAGCUAAUGAUAAGUUCUACCGAAGAAAUCGACGUCAUCUUCGCAUGAGAGUUUCACAAGCAAAGAACAAAGAGACUGAUGCAACACAGAUCGCAAAACCUCAGAAAUCCACUCUUCCUACUCCAACUGAUAUCCAAAGCAGACCUUGUAGAGCAGGAGCAACUACAGAUCAUGGUCCACCAGCAGAAAUUCGUACCCGGUCAGGUCGGGUGGUUAAGCAACCCAAAUACCUGAAAGACUAUAAACUGUGAACUUUUAUGAACUGUUAAGUUUAAGAUGUUGACAAUGAAUUCAUUUGCUUUCUAUGAUUAAGCUUUCUUUUUAUUUUUUGCAUGCAGUUGUUUACAGCUUGUCACAGUAGUUUCUUUGUUGAUUGUAAAAAAAAAAUGGGAGAUGUCAUGUAUGCUAUCACGAAGGUACGAUAAGCAUCAUGGGAUGUAAUAAAACCACAAGGUUUGAUUCAAUAUGGCUGUCGUGUGAUACAGUACAUAACAAUACGCUGAUGAUUCGACAAUUAUUGCCCCAGUAUAGAAGAAGGUAGACUACUCCGAUCUGUUAGAGUCACAGUUUUUAGAUUGGACGAAUACAAAUGGAAUGUCUUGCAAUCCAAGCAAAUGUAAAGAGUUGACGAUCAAAAAGAGAGGCAACUGCGAUCUCUUUUGAGCUAUUGGGAUGAUACCAAGCUGUCAAGAAGUAGAUUCCUUAGAACGCUGCGCAAAGAGAGGUACAAUCAGUCAGAAACAGACCUUCUCUUUAAUACAAUAGUUCUACCUAAUAUUAAUUACGCAUUAUCUGUCUACGCCGCUUCUGAAGUCGAUCUUACACCUGUACAAUGUUUCUUAGACCGCUGUUUUAAAAAUAAAUAUACGUCUAAGCAUGUAUUAAGUGUUUAUGAUUUCUUACAGAGACAAGACUGUAAUAUUUUCAGCAAAGUUUCUAAUGCUAAAGGACAUCAACUUUUAUUUAUUAUGCCUCGUGUUAAGCCGUCCAGUUACAAUCUUAGGAAAGAAACUUGCUUUAAACCUAAGAUUAACACUAGGCGUUUUAAAAACUCUUAACCGUUUAGUUUUAAAGUAUGAAUAUUAAUUAGCUAUGUAAUAUUCUAGAUUUUUUAAUUUUUAGUUUUUACCUUUUUAAAAUUUCUUACACUUAAUGGUAACAAAAUAUAUGUAUUUUUAUCUUUGAUAAAUAAAGACUUUAUUAUCAUUUUAUUAUUAUUAUUAUUAUUAUUAUUAUUACAACCUACUACUUAAAAGUAUAAAGAAUUUCAUUCGUUUUAAACUAGUACUUACCUAAACAUGCAGACUUACGGUGUCUUGACAAAAGAAAAAAAGCUUUACGCCCCUUUUAUUUUUGGCAUGAGCCAUUUCUUCCUAAGCAUCUACUUAACAUAAGAGGCGAGCUAAGAGUCUUAUACUUGCACUUUUUGCAUUUGAAAACGCUAGCUAAAACCACGCAAUGACUACAUUUUAAUUUCGUACCAAAGACGAGACCAGACUAAAGUGAUUAUUAGCCAUUACAACUUGCUGGUCAAGAACUACAAUAAAAACAUUCAAUCUAAACUAGUAAUUGCCUGAAAAUGCUACGUGAUUCUUUUGUUUUGUUUUGACAAGUAGACAUUUAGCAUGCCCGCAUAUUAAAAAUCAAGACGUUUUCCGUGCAUUUUAUUCAUGAGUCAUUAAUUAAUUUUUUUGCUCCCCACUUUAGCAGCCCCAGAAAAGGGUAUGAUUCUGCUGGGACACCACUACUUGAUUGACGUCGCAGAAAAACCCAAACUCCAAAGACGUUUAUGAUAUCCGAAACAGCUGUAAGCCAUUUAUUCGUCUGUAGAUAAGCAAAAUUGCUUGCUUCGUGCGGGCCUUUUUGUUGUUAAAUUAUGUAAGUAAAGAUAAGAUGACGCUGAUUAGAUGUCUGAGUGUCAAAGCUGUAAAUGAAGCAAAGUCAUUCGAACAGGAUUUUUUUCAAAAUAAGUUAAAUUCCUUAGAAACCAGGGGUAUAGCAUCCAAAUACGUACACACACAAACUGCAGCCAAAGAGUAUAAUAACUACGUAAGAUGUUGUAUGCGAUUAUUAACUCUGACAGUGGAUUUGCUUUACUAAUAAAUAUUGUUUUACUUUCUUACGAAAAUUGAAGUGUUUUACAUGUUCAAGUUGAACAGAUAAUUCCUGCCACUAUUUAACAGCCAUGGUCGAUGCAGUUCGUUUGCCAGCAUUUAAUAGCCAUAAUUAAAUGUUCUUUAUAGCAAUUGGCCUUUGAAGCGUAUUUUGUAUUGUAUGAAUGAACAUCACAGGCAUAGCGAAAGUGCUGAUCAAAAAUAUCUGGCAAUUGCUUUUUACUGCUGAAAUCUAGAAAAAAAUAUAUUUUAUUCCCUGAAAUGAUUUUUAUCUUUAAUGAUCGGGAUGAUUGAUAAAUCUUGCGCAUCAUAUUGGUGUUUUUACCCCUCUGAAGGGUAGACAUCUCGUCCUCUGCUUGUAACCUCCUGGAUGGCGUCACUGUUUUACAUUUUUUCCGUAACAUUUCUCCUUACCGAUAACAGCAGAGAUGUAAAUUAAAGAACUAAUUAAUGCAUUUUCCUUCGUAUUUAUUUAAUGAAAAAAUUUCCUGCGGAAAUUGCAGGAAAUGGUAUUUGUGAGCCCCUAAAUUAAAAAAAAAAUAACAAUUUUGAAGGAGCAUGCCCCCUUCGGAGGUCCAACCUUUCUUUCCUAGCGUACGCCUUUAAAACCUCAAGCUACGCCCAUGGAAACGUGCAGAUGUUCAUGCUACUUCUAAUGAAAAAAUAAAUGUACAAAUAUGAAGGAUAAACAGUCGCAGUGUAAGUAGAGUAGUGAUGCAAAUAAAACCUUGCCGUGUGAUUGGUCCAAUUCAACAAUUCUCAACCAAAUAUUCAAAUAAUUUCACGUAGAGGGAAGGAUUCUUUAGAGGGUGAUUGAUCGAAUAUCGACUGAUCAACCUAAGUCUUUCAGAGAGGCCUUCAAUAACACCUUCUUUUGAAAGAAGCGGAAGAUUAUACAAUGUCCCCAUCUACAGCCCAGUGCCAUGGUAAGCUGCAAACAAGUCCUCUUUGAAUGACGUCAUCUUUUUCUGGGAAAAGCCUCCAUCUUCUUUUUAAAGGUAUUCUUCUAGACGUAUUUCCUUGCGUUGUAAGUAGCACAUUAUCCUAUAGGAAGUAAAAAAGAGCAUACACACAUGAACAUAAACUUUGUAGGAGUUAACAUCCCCACUGUCGAAAAAAAUGUGACCCUCCAGAGUUUUUUGAUGCUGAAGGCGAAAGCUCGUUCACGACACGCUUCCCCUUUGAAAACAAAAGAAACACGUCGCUUUAGCACGCCAGCCAACUUGCCUCAUUAUCAGUUUCUUUUGUUUCAGAGGACACGCUUAAGGCAAUUAAGCGUGAGCAAGUAGAACAAAAGAGCCUAUUAAAGUUUUUAAACAACAGCUGCGUUCGAAGUAGUGAAGUAGCACAAUCACGCUUUCAGCAUGCGCAAAAGCACGCCAUGUCGUUUAUCUAAAGCAGUACUGCUCAAGAGUCUCGACUCUUGAAUUACGAUUUGAGUUAAGAUUUUUGAAAAUUCAUCAGUCGAAAGGAUUUCGAGAAAACAAUUUAUUUCUUCGCAUGUACAGAAAUUCACACCGCUCGUCAGUGCUUUCAUGUUCGUGCACCUCUCAUCUUACACUUUGACGAGUAAAAGUUUCACUUUUAGCCGAACUAAAAAAAAGGGAAUGACUAAGGACAGGUUGCUUAUCCGAAAUUUUGCCCAAUUGUGUAUGUGUAGUUUUGUAUGAAUGACAUCUUGUCAAUUAUAAAAUAUGUUUGUUUUUGGUGCAUAACUUGCACUAUUUACAAUUUGAAACCUAUUGACUCUUCUACACGCAUUGCAACAUUUUACUAAUUAUAAACAGGGACUUUCUAUAAACCAAAACACGCAGAAAAAAAAGCAUGAUAACCUCAGGUUUCUCCAAGACUAUUUCAUCGCAGGUCAUUUUCCCACGAGAUACCGUAAAAUUCCGAAAGUAAGCCCUCCAUGUAUAAGCCCCUCCAAAUAUAAGCCUCCUAAACCGGUAACGCAAAAAACGCGAAGUUAAAUCGCCCCUCCAAAUAUAAGCCCCCGUGGGCUUGUACUUGGAUAAUUGUCCUCAAAUACAAAGUAAAACAAAGCAAAAACGGUAAGUUUACUUCCAACUAUAAGGCUAGCCCAACUGAUUUUGAAACACAAGAUUCCCUCCGUAGGUAAGCCCCUCCGAAUAUAAGCCCCUCCAAAAACAAGCCCCUCAAAAAAGGCCUUUGAAAAAUAUAUCUCCCGGGGCUUAUUUUCAGAAUUUUAUGGUAUUUAAACUUGACUGUUCGCGGGAGUCAAACAGAACAGACUGAACAGACAUCUACAUCUACAUUUAUUAAUUGUCAAUGCUUUCGCGUCAAGUCAAUAUAAGACAAGGGCUUGUUUGUUAACCUUUUACCAGCGACCAAACGUUUUUGUUUUCGUUACAAAAGUGCCGAACAACGCAGGGAAAUUGGCUUCGUCACGUGCUAAUUCGCUACUUGUAAUUUCGGGCGAAAAGUUAUAUCAGUUUACCGAAUUAUUCUACAACAGUAGCUCACAGAAUCAGUGAUCUAUGGUAAUGGCUCUAUGUAUCCAUGGAGCAAAGUGUUAUGGUAUUUGUGUUCCCAAGUAAUUCCCUGGUUUUACAUUGCGCAUCACCUAGUGCGCAUAACAAUGCGACUUAAAUGGUCGACGGUGGUUUUCACCUGUCGCCUUAAAAGAGGUAAAAAAGCCCCUUUUGAAGUCCAAAUGCUUUUAAUGGCGAUUUUGAUAACUCUACCCUGCUCAAAAGUGUUUGUCUUAAAACUCGCCACAGUGGCGCAAAAUGAUUAUUUGAAGCCGAAAUUGUCCCUCUAUUGUCAUUUUGCGCUGAAACGAAAACGAUGAGCCCCCUUUUUUAUUUGUGCUUUGUACUCGCUAUGCCUACACAAAAGAUGUAUUUUAAGGGGUAAAAGAAUCUGGAUAAUAGGAGUUGUGUUUUUUUUAGAUAUGAAUGACGCCAAUUUCUGGGCCGUUAACAAAACUCGGAUAGGAUUGCUCGGAUCGGAUCGGACUGGCAAUUCGCCUUAUAAACUCAAAGUUACACUGAAAGUGAUUGCUUGAUGGUUGUUGUACGACUGCGAAGGACUCGGCUAAAGUAGAAAGGAGUAAAAAGACUUCUUGUUGUGGCAUUUGGAGAGGUCAUUCGCCUAUUGAAGACAGGUGGUCGCUAUAGCUAUCGUACCUUGCUCAUUCCCGCGAUUUUCUUAAACGUCUCCUCUGAAAAGAAGCAUUCAAUUUAGACUCAGUGAAAAACAAGACCAAUUCAGAAGAGAGUAGAGAUGGAAAGAAACACAAAAUCAGCGCAAUGAGAGAUACUUAAAUCUCUCCCCGCCAUCUUCGAUUUGGGCGAUGUCACGUGACCAAGUCUCUUUUUGGAAAUUGUAAUCGUAUGAAGUUAUGCAACAGAAAAUUUCCCAGUGCAGUUCAGUUGAAAAUAAUUCUUUGCGAUGAUUUUCAAGCUGCUGGUGAAUUACAAGCCUGGUGAUACAUGAGAAAUGAUUUUUUAUAUUAGUAGGUAAACAUUCAAUGAGAGAGAACUUAAAUAUUUCGUUUCCAAUUACAGGUUUUGCACUUUUUCAACCCAUUUUCCUGUUGAGUUAAAGUAAAAACAAGAACGAUAAGCUCGAUAGCAACAUAUGAAUUAGCUUAACUGAUGCUGUCGUAGAACUUCAAGGUUUGCGUGGAAACGUCGAUCGAUCUACCAUGCGGAAAGUCUUACUAUCUGUUUUUGGCCUCCUCAUCAACAUGGUCUGCGUUUCUAGCAACAUUAUUUACGACUCCAUUUUCUGGGAUCCUCAGAAUCAUUUGUAAGUAGAGAUUUGUAGUGUGUAUUCAAGUAAAUAUGCUGCGACGGUUUAUACUGUCUGUCUCAUUUAUUAUAAACCCGACGUGAGUAUUGCCCAAGCUCUAAUUCAUAGGUUUCCUCCCGAACAGAACCAAUUCUCAACUCUGUAUUAAAGCAUGUUUCCUUUGAUCUUCAAUCAUUUUAAUUUUUCUCGAACGGAAAGUUCAUUCCGUGCUCAGGUUUCAAGCUUAUUGAUUCCAUAAGUUCCUACAAAAGUGCCUUUUAUCAAGCUAAAUAAAAGGAUAUUAGAUAUUCGAUAUUUAAAAAAAUAGGAGUAACUGACAGGAAUAAUCCAUGUCUAAACCCGGUCAAUUUGAGGCAAGCUAAAGCUUACAAAAUUCUUUCAAAAUCUGUCAUGAAGUGAUGUCUCGAACUUUAACAGCGAAGGUUGUGCACCCAAAUUUAAUAGAGAUCCUGCGAUAUUUUAUUAACCUCAAUCUUCAAUAGAUUUUUUUCCAAUCAACCUAGGUUAAAUCAAAUUUAACCUGAAAUCAAAUCUGACUAGUAACAUAUAUAACAAAUUUUUAUGGAAGCUGCUGCGACUUAUGUGCAGAUAUAUUGAGAUGUGCGUUUGUAAUCCUGUAAAGAAUCCAGUCUGACGGCAAAAAAAAGAGCUCCUGUAAAAUAAUACAGCUGUAAACAGGUUUUGCCUUAAAAGCCUACAGGAGCAAAAAAGCAUUAUUGCAUUAUUUAACAGGAGCUGAAACAGAGCUAGAGCUUGUCCUGAGUAGUCUACUAUGUUGAAACUUAACCGUUUUGGUGGAUAGGGAAGGAUGGUUUAGGGAUAAUCUAUGACGUCACCCAUUGUUAUAACCUAGAGAAAAAGUGUCUUCCUCCACACUAAUUAAGUGCCUUCCUACAUAUACUGUAGAAUGAAGUGGAUAGGUUUACUAAUGAGCGUCUCUCUACUACAAUAGGCACAAUAGGCUUGUUCUGGCUUGUCCGUUAAGUAGCUUGAGCCCAGAUUUCAGACCGUCUAUUAAAAGGAAAAUGGGAAUAAGGGAAGCGAUCUCCUAACAACGCGAGGAACGGCUUUCUAUAUCUUAUUUAGCGCUAAAACUAAGAUAUAUAAACAAACCACAUGCAGAAAGUGAAGUUGAAAAGUCUUUAUUUCAAUUUAGUUUACGUCGUCUUAUUUAGCGCUGAAACUCGUAUAUAUAAACAAAACACACGCACAAAUACACAAAGUGGAGCUGAAAAUCUUCUAUUUCAAUUUUGUCUGACUAUUACAGAACCGUUAUCGCCCAUCUGUCUCGAGGAAAUGAAAUGUUUCACGGGCCGUUAGUCAGGUAAAUUAUGCGAGUCCACAAGCCCACCGUUGCAUACAAAUUAGCUCUGCAGUAAAAAACCCAAGGGAGCAUCUUGACGUAUAAUAAUAAAAACACACCCCCCCAAAACAAUUAAUAAGUUAACAAGGAUCAAUUGAAACACGCGACUAAUAAUUGCUAGCAAUAAAACCAGACACGUUUCUUAAGACAAGAAAUCAACUUUAUGACCCUUAAUUAAAAUAAUUUCAAAAAGAUUUAAUUAAUAUAUUAAAGAUUCUAUUAAAAUAGUCAAAGAAGGCAAGCCAUCCUUUUUUUUACACUGCGCACAAUGUUUUACUUACCCCUCUCCCUUUUCGUUUUUAUUUCCCUCCUCCUCCUCCACAAUUUUAUUAUUUUCCCUCCUCAAUCUUGUUUUCCCUCCACCACCACCACCGCCACAUUUCUAUUGUUUUCCGAGUUUUCCUCCACCACCACCACCACCACCGCCACAUACUGCAGCGAUACUGCGAUACCGUUCCGUAUUGCAGAUUAUUAGUAAUACAUCUACAUGUUAACACAAAACUGAUUUUUCACUUCAAUAUUUCCAUAGAUUCAGAAAGAAGAGCCAAAGUUGUAGCACAGGAUACAUGACUCUUAAAGUUCGACUGCAAUCUAAAGUCUUCUUCAUAUGUCCAAACACAGCCACUGUGUUACAAAAAACUUUAACAGCACCUCAAUCUGCAACCAUGUAUGAAAACCUUUGGAUUGCUUAUGACAGAAGUGUGUUUGACCAAUGUAAUACAUCAUUAAGCAAUACUAGCAAACUUUUAUUCAGUUGCAAUGAUCCAACAGCAUUGAAAUAUUUUCCUGUGGUAUUUGCCGAAUUUACAGCAGACCUACAGUCGCUGAAGUUUAAAGGUGGAAAGAAGUAUUAUUUUAUUGGUAAGUAAUAGCAAGUCAAUUUUACAGGACUGAGGGACCCAAAUUAUGGGCUGAAGUUUGGAGGGGGGAAGAAGUGUUAUUUUAGUGGUAAGUGAUGAGGAGUCGCAUUUACCUUAAAGUUUCCACAGUGGUGACUCCCUGAGAGUUAAACGAACCAAGUUCUGUUUCUCUAUAUCACAUAAAAAAUUAAUGCAUGAUGUUGAGUUUUAUGUACUUAUCAUGUAAAAUUUUGAUGCCCAGUCCAAAAUCAUUUGAGUCCCAGUCCACUCACCAAUGAUUUUACUGUAGUAUUUGUGUGAAAAUUCUUCUUAUUAUUAGUUACUUCUGGGCCUCUUUUUCUGUAAGAUUGCUCUCUUGAGGUUUCAUUACGCUACAUGUAUAUUACAUAAAAGGAUAUUCUUCAAAAUCAUCUCCAUGUCAAGUCAACAAUUGUUUUGUAUGUUUCUUUAUUGUUUAUCUAUUGUAGGGACAUCGGAUGGCACACAGACACACCUCACUGACCUUAGUGGAGGUCACUGCAAUGACACAAAAAACGGAAUAUUUAUGAAAAUUGAAGUCUAUGUCUGCAAAAAAAGUAAUCUAACUUAUACAGGUAAUGUUCAAUUACUACAUUGUAAUUAAAAGAAGUGUUGAAGUACAGUGUACACAUACUGUACACGUACAUGCCAUGUUAACCACAUGUAAAAAGCUUUGAAGAAAAAACUUCAAGGUGAAGUUGAUGCCACAGUAACUGCUUUUAAAGCUAGUUGAGCUGUUUUGUGGUCACAGUCUGGCUUUAGACUGCCAAAAUGUCCCAUAAUGCCAUUUAAAGUUUGCGCACUUUGCAGCCUUCUGUUACAGAUUUAAAAUAUCAGCCUCUGAAGUUUGGGCAUGUGUAGACAGCAAAAUUUUGGAAGAGUUUUUGUGUUUAAAAGUGACACAGCAGUCUCGACUUUUACCUUUUGCUUUCUCGCCUUCCCUCUUCUUUCCGCUUCUUUGCCCGUUUUCUUGUUAUUUGCUGGGCAUUUACUAGGCUUUCUCAUUCUGGUGGAACACUUCUAUGGAAAAGCUUUUAGGAAAAUAGGAUUUGGUGGAAGGAAGUGCGGGUGGGUAACGGAACAAGAUUUUUGUUAGAAUUUUUGGGUCAACUUUUCAUGGUGUUUGAACUUUUCUGCGGUCUUCUUGAUUAAAUUGUGCUCAUUCUGGCAUGGUCUGAAGGAUCUUUUCCUCCUGCACAAAUAAGAAGACAAAGUUUUCCUCGACCGCGGUGCAACCCUCGUUGGUCUGCACGGACGGUUAUACAUGCGUUUGAGGGGCGAAUGGGCUAAGAAGGUUGUCCGGAGGGUAAUGGGUUUUUUUCCGAUGUUAGUAAUCUAUCUUACUGAGAGUCAAGUAAAGGGACGAAAAAAAGGCAGGGACCAACUCUAGGUGUCUGUUUUAUUGGUGUGUCCAUCUUAAGAAGCGUCCGUUAAGAGAGAGUCGACUGUAAAUAAAUUCUUUAAAACAAUUUUUCCAGAUGAAGACUGUCCAGAAGAAGAUGUGGGUGUCCUGAAAUGUCGUGAUAAUCCAACUCCAACAACAUCCCUUCCUACAACAGUUCUGCCAACAACAACAACUUCAUCAUCACCAUCAUUCAUGUCAUCAGCAAUACCACCAACCAGAAUCACUACUCAGGCACCUUUUACACAAGCUGCAUACACAUCUACAGCCAGUACAGUGGAAGUUAGCAGCUUAAGUGAACAAAAUUCAGUCACAGAAUCGACAAACACAACAUCUACAGAGCUAGCCAGCAAUUGUCAGCCACAGUCUGCUCUGCAAAGGGGUGAUGACCGCAUGGAGACAGGUAUGAAAAUCAACAAGUGUUGUUAUAGUAGUUUGUUGAUUCUUAUUUUCACAGACUUUUUUACUUUUGUAUAAAUAACGAUCCCAGUCGCCAUGUGUGUUUUUGAGCAUUAUUUCUGUACAGUUCUAUAAAUUGGUGUCUAACAGUUUCUUGGUUGUUUAAAAGAACGUUUUCCUUUUGAAGCCCUCGUACAAGUUGUUUUAGCCUCGUACAUCUACAACCAAAAUUUUCUUUGUACAUACAUGUAACACUUCCAUGUGAACUACAUAAGUCUUCAUAAUUAUCACAACUACUGCACAGGUUGUCGAAACGUAAGUCCCUGCCAACAUCAACAGUCCUACUCAGGACUACUGUACGUCCACCCGGACGAUCAUUCUCAACCUACUUAUGAAAUGACUCCUGGGUUCAAACCUCUCACAGUAUGUUAUAUCUUGCAGAUAUUUUCCAAAAAGCAGUCAACAUGCCUCAGAUGGCUUCUUGUUAUCUUAACGUAGUAAUUUACCUACUUUAUUUUUCAUCGUCGCCAGCCUUCUUAAAAUGUUCAACUAUUUUCUCAAGCUUUUCACAACAAAAACAGCUGUGCUGGCGGCUUUGUUUGCCGUCGUUCCUCCAAUAAUUUUUUUACUUAACGGACGAUCAUGGCGUUGGACUCGUAUUCGGACGGUCCCGGCUCCGAGUCCCGCUCUGGCCACCAGCUGGAUUUGUUCUCGGUUUUCCCGAGUUCAAAUUUUCGGCAGAUCUUCGGCCACGCGUAAUUUGUAAAAAGCCAACUUGUUUCACAAACAGCCAUUAUCUUGAAUGAAUAAUAUCAGGGAUGAUGACACCCACAGGCUUACAGUUCAUAAUAACUAUUCAAAAUUGUUUUUCACCAACAGAGUUAAAAUAUUGGAGGACUUGCGGAAUUGUCGCCCUGGUUUUGCUUUUUAUAUGUUUCCUGGUGAUUAUAGCUCUAAUCAUCCGUCCCGUCUCGUGCAGGUAGGUUCUUAUUCACGUUCACCUUGUUUCAAAACUACAUUCUCAAACUCAUUAAUAAUUCAUAAAGAAAAUACAAAAGAAAUAAAUGUUUAAUGAGCGUUUAAAAAUCAGAUGAAAAACUGGUCAUUUUUGCAUCCUCAAUUUCUCCUUCUAAAAUCAGUUUGUUUGAGAAGUAAUAUCAAGCAUUCGACAGAGUGUUUCAUCACCUGAUGAACCACUUCGAAGUUCGUCUUGAAUACUCCGCUGUGCGUCGUACUUUCAACUCUCUUCUCGGUGUUUCAUCUGAUAUUUUCAUCUUGAUAUUAUUACUUAACUGGCUUGCAGUUUGUAUAUAAGCGGCGUGAUAGCGAGUGACCCCUAAACUAAACUGCAGACAACCCCUUUUAGUCGGUCAAAAGUAAAGUAAAGUAAAACUUUAUUUCAACAGGCUGGCCCAAUCACCUCAAAGCGAUGGUCUCCAUGGGUGCCCUGCGCCGGAGUAGGAGUCAGAAUUGUGAGCGGAGUCGUAAGAGCGCCUAUGGUCUUGUGAAAAUAGAAAAUCGGAGUCAUUAAGCGCGGUUAUAAGCGCGACGGAAUCGGAGCCGGAAGAAUCGGAAAGUUUCCAUUUCCUUCCGACUCCGCUUACGAUCCCGUCGUUUAUUUAGUGAAUACCAGAUUGUCGGAGUCGGAAGCAGAAGCAGAAGGAUAAACUAAUCACAAACACGUUUUCACGUUUUGUGAGUGGCUUAGGUCUUCUGCUUCUGAGAACCAGCCUUAAUACUGUGCCUUGUAGUGUACUUAUGAAUGUUCGAAAAAUU